GUAUAGAGUUUAUUUAAAAAGCGAAAUUAAAAGUUCUGUGCAAAUUAUUACAUUUUGGUGUUUGUUUUUAAAUAAAAGAAAUUUAUAAAUAGAAAAUAUUCUUAAACAAAUUACAACUUAAAUAUUAGCUUAAAUGCAUACGGAUAUAUUGAUUGGAGAUCAAUUUGUAGCAUCAACAAAUUAUUGGGUAAUGCAGUCUCCCGAAUUAGACUAUCGGCAUGAGCUGAUGGGUCGUUUGCAUAAAAUUGAACCAGAUGUAGAAUUGGAAGUUUUAACAGCCACCAGCUCAGCCAAUCACCAUCAUCAUCAUCAUUUGCAUCACCAUCAUCAUCAUUUGCAGCAUUUGUCGCCGCAGCAACAGUAUCAGCAGUAUCAUCAAACCAACAAUAGCAGCAGCAACACAAACAAUCAACAUUUUCAACAUCAACAAUUAACCACACAACUUAGCAAUAGCAGUAAUACCAGCAAUAGUAGUAAUAGCAAUAACAACACCAACAACAACAGCAGUAGUAAUAACAACAAAAACAAUAGUAGCAGCAACAAUAGUAGUAGUAACAACAGUAAUAAUAAUAAUAAUAACAGUAGCAGUACAACUAGUAAUACAAAUAGUACAACAAAUACAAAUCAUUUAAAUGAUCAAUGGCCGCAUAAUACAAAUCAUGAGCAUACAACCACCCCAUCGGCAGCCUCAACCAAUGCAUAUGAUACUGCACAGCCCACUGUACUGGUGGUGGGUUCAACGGCUUCAACCACCACCAACAAUUUAACGCAGCAACAUACAACACCCACCGAUAACCUUACCAGCAAUAAUACAAUAGAAAAUCCUCCUAUUCGCUCGCCAACAACACCCGCCGCCUCCUCCAACGACAUCACCUCAUCAUACAACAACAACAGUUAUGAUGCAAACGUUACCAACACGUAUUAUACAGCGGUCGCAACCACCGCAACCAGCGAUAAAGAAUAUUUAUUUGACACCAAAAAUAAAGAGGCUCUUUGCAAUCCCUACACCAAUAUUGAUGAUCCCUAUGGACGCCCAGCUUUAUGGGAGGAAAUAGCCAGCUCAAUACAAAAUAUAGAUCCUGAAAAUGCUCCGAUACUAGGCUCAAAUCCAAAUACAAUGCACCAACAUGUGCAUACACAGCAGCAGCAGCAACAAAACCAAAAUUCAACAACACCCACAGAUCAUACCCUGCUAACACAAGUUAAAAUGGAAGCAAUUGAUGAUACUCUGCUAGAGACAUUAUCAACACCAUUGCUCAGUCCUUUGGAGAUAAAGAAAGAAAAUGUUACCAAUAGUCUGUCCAUGCAACCGUUGACACCACAACAAACACCCACGCAUCACUAUUAUGGCCAACAUCAACAACAGCAGCAGUCUUAUCAGCAGCAACAUCACUCACUACACUCACAUCCGCACCAACAUCAGCCUCAUCCACAUCAUCAGCACCACCAUCAUCAGCAACAACAACAUCAACAACACCACCAGCCUCAACAUUUGCAACAGCAGCAACAACAACAACACCAGCAUCACCAUCAUUUACAGCAAUCACAACAUUUAUAUCAACAUCAUCCCAGUUUAACGGAGGAACAUCAUUUGACAACCAUGUUUACCAAUUUAAAUUCCCAUACUCAUCCUCAUGGCCAUGCACAUGUUGCUCUGCAGCAUCAACAGCAGCAAAACUUACUGCUGCACAGCAAUAGCAAUAGUCCCUCAAAUCGUUGCAGCAGCACCGCCAGUAGUCACAAUGCCGAUGUUGCUCUCAAUGUUGCAGAAACCACAAAUUUAUUAAGUCUAAAUGGUUCGACGGCGGAUCAUGUGAACGCCUAUCAGCAAUACGGUCAUAAUAAUUAUUUAAAUGAUAGUUUAAGUAUAAACACAACAACACAACUGGCUCAAAAUACAUCAAUGCAUCAUCAUCAGCAGCAACAACAACAGCAGCAGCAGCAACAUCAACACCAUCUAACACCUUUAGCUGCCUCAACGCCAACAAUUGGGUCUCAGAAUUCCGCCACAGCCGCAUUGCAAAAUCUUAAAAAUCUCAGCAAUAACAACAAUAACAACAACAAUACAAGUAAUAAUAAUAAUAAUUAUACAACUGCUGCUACAGCAACCACCGCAUAUCCAUGGCAUAGCAGUCAGCCUUUUCAUAGUAAAUACCAAAUACCCGCUCCACCGCCGCCACCACCUCAUCAUUUACAAAAUGCACAAUUAUGUCCACCUGCUCUAAUACCGGCCGCACAAUCACAAACCAGUAGUGGCAGCAGCAGUGCGGCCAGCAAUAGUAGUUCAAGGCAUAUGUUUGUGCCGCCACUAACACCUCCCAGUUCUGAUCCCGGAAGUCCGGGUAGUUCAAUGGCAGCAGCAGCCGCACAUGCUGUAGCUCAAGCUAAUCAACAUCAACAGCAGCAACAACAACAACAACAACAACAACACCAGCAUCAUAAUCAGCAGCAGCAGCAAAACAAUAGACGUACAACACCUCCACCUCCUUACCAACAGCAGCAGCAGCAACAGCUACAACAACAGGGUCAUCCACUUUCCUCCAUCUGCCCCAAUAUUAUAACACUGCAUUCUAGUUCUCCCACAGCUGUGGGCCAUCUUAUGAGUCCGGGUCGUUCUCUAACCACAUUGGGCCAAACAGGUGCUCAGUUGUUGGUUAAUUCAUCAGCCAAUAGCAAUACAGCAGCAAUAGCUGCUUCUACAACUAAUAACAGCAACAUUAGCUCAACGACUAGGGGCGGUGGUCAUACAGCGUCAGUGUCGUCAUCUGCCUCAGCUACACCGGCUCAUUUGGCCAACUUAAUUGUGCCAUCUGUGCGUUCAGUACGCUAUAAUCGUCGCAAUAAUCCCGAGUUGGAGAAAAGACGUAUACAUCACUGUGAUUAUGUGGGUUGUACAAAAGUUUAUACCAAAAGUUCACAUUUAAAGGCACACCAAAGGAUACAUACAGGCGAAAAACCCUACACCUGUCAGUGGCCUGAAUGUGAAUGGCGAUUUGCACGUUCCGAUGAGUUAACGCGUCAUUAUCGCAAACACACAGGAGCGAAACCCUUCAAGUGUAUUGUGUGCGAAAGAAGUUUUGCACGAAGUGAUCAUUUAGCUUUGCACAUGAAAAGGCAUUUACCGAAAAAUAAAUAGAAAAAAUAACAACCAACAAGCUAAAAUUUCAAAAAAAUAACGAAAAAUCAAAUAAAAAAAACAUAAAAAAAAA